UUUAAUUAUAAAUACUGUUAAUUACAAUUUAAAAUUCAUUCGAUCUUUACUUCCAAGUCAUUUGUUUGUUUUAAAAAAACAAAAUUCAAAAUGGCGUCCAGACUAAUUGCAUUUAUUGCUAUCCAAGGAAUUCUUCUUCAGACUGCCUACACCCAAUGCAUCAACCGAGUUGUACCGACAAUGGGACCUAACGUCGUGGAAACCAUCCUGCCAAACCAAGUCCUUUACAGAGAACCAGGUCUACCAAUCCUCCCUACCCCAUGUGGAGGUCAAAUCUUGCCCCCCAUCUACCAGACCCCCAUAAUCUCUGGGCCUAUUGGACCAGUGGUAUCAGAAGUUGGAUACCCAACAGUUAUGCAAGACAGUAGCGUGGCCAACAGUUUGGCAAAUGCCUUACAGUUGCUAGUAGUUAGUAACUUGUUGAGUACUACCCUCCCCACCCCGUGCGAGAUGCCUCUUUACCCGUACGAGGUGAUGGGCAUGCCUGCAUAUAACUAUAUCUACAUGUUAGAUAAUUCGAGAAUCUAUAUCAACAAAAGUCUAGAUAUAAAACUGCAGUUACUUUGCUCCCACUGGACCAAUAUGGCUCGAAGAUUAGUUUUAGUUAUUCUAACGGAAUUCCUAAUUACAAAGGUCACACCGUCGUAUGUGCAGCGCUAUUCACCGAGUCCUUACGUCGUUCGAGAUCCAAGAUCCUCAAACCCUUAUCAAGACUACCAAUCGUACUACGCGAGAUAUGCCACCCAAGCAGCUCAACCAACGUAUCAGAGGUCUACACAAGCACCAAGACCUGUACAAUAUCGACAACCAAGUUAUCCAAGACCUCCAGCACCUUUACCACCGACUGUUCCAAGACCUAUGGAAUUUCGACCACCUUAUCCAACACAAAUAGCUGCACCAACUAUUCCAUCACCGGUGAUCGGUAUGGAAUACCGAUCACCAAGGUAUCAGAAAUCAGCAGAAUUUGUACCACCAGUUGUACCAACUCAAAAGCCUGUAGAAUACCGAAUACCGUACCAGAAACCCGGAGAAUAUAUCAUUCCAGCAAUCCAAACUGUGGAUUAUCGUCAGCCAUUCCAACAAGUGACUGAAUAUGUCGCUCCACCAUUCCAAUCAAUGGAAUAUCCGUACCAAAAAGCUGUAGAGUUAUUAACACCAACCAUUCAGUCAGCUGUGGAAUAUCAAUCACCAACGUAUCAGAAAACAUCAGAACUUAUACCACCAACAAUUCAUAUACCUUCAGAUUAUGAGCCAGGCUAUCAGAAAGUUGUAGAAUUCAUAGCAAAUCAGAAGCCUAUAGAAACCCAACAAUCUACAUGCCUUACUGAUUUGACUUCUAAUUUACAAUCAUCAGAGAUUCCUACAUCAUUACUCGACUCAUUACAAUCAUUGGCUUUGUCGAAAUCUGAUUGUUUACCAAAAACUAGUUCAAGAGCAUUAGACACGGAUGUAAUUAAUAAUUUAGCUAUUGCGUUACAAUUAUUAAUAGUUAAUAACAUUAUUAAUCAUCCCAGAUCAGAAUCAACUGAAUCAAUGUCUAAUUUAUCUGAUUCUAUCCUAGAAUUAGUUUAUCCUACAGAAUUACCAGCAUCUAAUCCUUAUAAUCUUCAAAGUCCUUGUGAAAUGUGUAAUGCUAAAUUUUUAGGGAGUUCAAACUUUGGUGACGAUGGUAUAAUAUCUAAAGGUAUGUUAGGAUUAGGUUCAUAUGGCACAGGGUCGCCUUUAUCAAGAUCUGGUUUUAAUUUAAUGUCUCCAUAUGACGCCAUUGCAGCUUCUUCGUCAUUGUCUGAUCCUUCGCCAUCUGCAUUUACGUUGAAGAGUAAUUUUCAAAGCCCAUACGCUGCUAUGAUGGCAGCUGAUAAUAAUAAGGAUUUGUUUUCGAUGUCUGAUUUAUUUUAAUAUAUAUGCCCGCGACUUUAUCCGCGUGGAUUUAGGUUUUUAAAGAUCCCGUGAGAACUGUUGCUCCAUGAAAAGGUAGCAGACAGACAGACAGAUAGACACACAGGACACUUUCGCAUUAUUAUAACAUUAAUAUGGAUGGCGAUCUCUGGUAUGAAUAAAUUGUGCUCUAGUCGUAGUAUUAAUAGUUUUUUUUUUUCUCUCGUCUGGCUUUUACAAUGAUUAGCCAA